AUGGAAUUAAAUCUUUCGACUCGUUCCCUGUGUAAGGAAGCCGGUUUCAGUGAGACCGCCCUGUCAUCAUCAUCAGGCGGCCUUACCACGAUUUCAGAAUCAGUGACAAGAAGAACAGCAGACGAACAAGAGGAAGAAGUUGACAACAGUAACAUAUGUAACACAGAAGAUUUCUGUGAACAAAACUCAUGUUGCAACUUAGAGGACAAAAUAUCAGCUCUCGAAAGCACAGUCACACAACUAAGAAACAAGAACGAAGAGUUACGAAAGUUGUAUGUGUCACAAAUGGAAGAAAAUAAUAGAUUCAAAAAUGAAAUUUCACUUCUUGUGAAGACACAUUUAAAACAGACUGAUUCUGGCAUUCAUGAAAAUCAGGUCACCAGUGGAAUGAACGAAAAGCAUGAGAAAGGAGACCAAAAAACAAUAGCAGGUCAUGAUGAACCUGAACCAAUUGUAGUAUUAAAUACCCAGCUGAAUGCACUAACUGCUGAUUUCACUAAGGUGAAUACAAAAUUUGAUUUGUUUACUGCACAUGUCAACUCACUUUCAAAGAUUGUCUAUCGCCUUGAUUCUGAUGUUCAGAAGUUUGUUAAGAAACAUUCUUUGAUAAUUGAGAACCUAUGUCCUAAGGAGGACAUUUCAGCGAUGGAGAUGCUACUUGUUUUUGUAAAUUCAGUCCUCAACGUGCCCAUCACUGAUUUAGACAUUGAGAAUCUGCACAUCAUCAGCAGAGGUGAGGAGGAAAAACCAGGAAAUGCCACCCCAGAUAAAGUGAAGCUGGCAAGACCUAGACCACUGCUAGUUACAUUCACCUGCUACAAAACUCAAUCUCACAUUUACAAAGCCUGGCUGUCUUUCAGGAGUAAAAGCCUGACUGGCUCCCUAUCCCAUGAGAGAGGUCAGGGCAUCACAAUCAAAGAAUAUUUAACAGAUCCACAGGAAGAGGUUUACAAUCAGGCCCUGAAAUUAAAAGAAGAACAUCUAGUUGUCGACUGUUGGACUUACAAAGGGAAGAGUUACAUUAAAAAGUUGAGUGGAGAUGUCUGCGAGUUUUGUAAUAGGAAUGAAAUAGUACCGAAAACAGAAAACUCCAGUUGUCUAGUGAUGUGA